AUGUCGUUCGCAGAAGUCAAGCUGCCCUCUGGGAAGACCUACAAACAGCCACUAGGCCUGUUCAUCAACAACGAGUUCGUGGACUCGUCGUGCGACGAGAAAAUCGAGUCGAUCGACGCCUCCACAGGCAAGGUUAUUGCCGCUGUGCAGGCCGCAGACGCGAAAGUGGACCUGGACCGCGCGGUCGCCGCGGCACGCAAGGCGUUCCCUGCGUGGAGAGACACGCCGGCACCAGAAAAGCGUGACCUGCUGCUCAAGCUCGCCUCGCUGGUAGAGGAGAACGCGCAAAUGCUCGCGGAGGUCGAGUCGCUGGACAGCGGCAAGCCGCUGGAGUCCAACGCCCUGGAAGACAUCCUGGGCUUGGCUGGCAUUCUCAAGUACUACGCUGGAUGGGUCGACAAGGCGCAGGGCCAGUCCUACUCGCCCAGCCCCAGUAGACUCACCUACACAACGCACCAGCCUCUGGGCGUGGUUGGGUGCAUCAUCCCCUUCAACUACCCUCUGGCGAUGAUGGCGUGGAAGUGGACUGCUAUCGCGACUGGCAACACAACCGUGUUCAAGAGUGCGGAACAGACGCCGCUUUCUAUCUUGUACUUCGCACAGCUGGUGAUCGAGGCAGGAUUCCCAGCCGGUGUCUUCAACGUGCUGUCCGGCACGGGUGCCAAGGUCGGUGACGCAAUGGCCAGGCACCUCGACAUUGACAAGAUCGCCUUUACCGGCAGCACUGCCGUGGGCCAGAUCAUACAGAAGACUGCCGCUGUUAACUUGAAGGCGUUAACGCUCGAGUGUGGUGGCAAGUCCCCCAAUGUCGUCUUCGAGGACGCGGACUUCGACCAGGCUGUUAAGUGGACCGCGGCAGGCAUUUUCUACAAUAUGGGCCAGAUUUGCUCUGGGACUUCCAGGUGUUACGUGCAAGACUCGAUUUACGAGAAGUUUUUGAGCGCGCUGGCAGAGCACGUCGACAAGACGUACAAGGUCGGUCCCCCAUCUGACCCUGAAGUUUUGAUCGGGCCUCAAGUCUCCAAAACACAGCAGCAGCGCAUCCAGUCCCUCAUCAAGAAGGGUAUUGAGGAGGGAGCUCGUGUGGUAUUGGGCGGUGAGGGACUUCCUGACUCCAUUGCGCAGUCCGAAGAGCACAAGUCAGGAUUCUUCGUUAAGCCUACCAUUCUCGCAGACAUUGAGCCCACGAACACCGUCGCCCGUGAGGAGAUUUUUGGCCCAGUUAUUGUUGUCGGCAAGUUCUCCGACUAUGAUGAAGCCUUAAAACUUGCAAACGACACCGAAUACGGACUGGCCUCGGCUGUUUUCACCGCGGACAUUACUCGCGCUCACACUUUCGCCUCUCAGGUGGAGGCUGGCGUGUGUUACAUCAAUUCAUCUAACGAGCUAGACCCUGCAUGCCCAUUCGGUGGCAUCAAGAUGAGUGGCUACGGUAGAGAGCUGGGCGAGUAUGGCUUGUCCAACUUUACGAACGUGAAGGCUGUCUACGUCAACCUCGGCACCAAACUGUAA